AUGUCUAGACCUAAUUAAUGUCACAUUAUGACAAUCGCACGUUCUCAGAUCCUCUAGUAGAAAUAAAUAAAAUAAGCCUGGAAAAUUCGCUAUCGCUUGCUAAUUAAGUUUUGUAUAUUCUCGCUCCGGUGACGCUGGUCGCAAUACGGUAUACCAUCAAAUCUCAGCAGCAUCUCGCAGACAGCAUGGACUAUCCUUGUCUAGGCGCUGGAAUGUUAAGUAGCAGUUGUCGCUUCCACUGAACGAAAAGACGCACUAGCUGUUUAAUCUGAAGGAUAUGUACAAAGUGAACAUACCGUGCUGUGUCUGGGAAGGAAGAAAACCCUUCAAAGUUUGUUGAACGUCUUGUAAGCUCUUCUGCGAUAAAAUCUGACGUAAGAGAAAAGGGGCUGCUUGGGAAUGUAUGAAGGGGUUUUUAGGUUCUUCACUUUGGGAAUUUGUGUCCUGCUUUUGAGAGCGCCAGUAUGUCUAUGUAUCUGGUGGUGCAAUCGAAGGUGGCUAAUUCAGCUAUAAGGCACAGGAGGGGCUGCCUUAGAAUUUCAGACAAUUGAUCCUCGAUAUGCUGGAGCUUUCUAAAAUCUGAAUACUUGUCAAACCUGGGCGCUUAAUUUAUGGCUGGAUCGGGAAUCAACCGCUGUUUUUUACCGGCUUGCCAGUGACAUAUGUGACUGUUAUAAGCUUGAGACAUACUACUUCAUUUUUUUUUCAGGAAGAAAAAAACAAACAAUCAAAAAGGCUUUCAAUACCAUUAAUUUCACUGCAAGUCAUCGUUUUUCUAAAAAUGUCCACCAAAUUAUUGGUGGCUUUCUUACUUCUCUCAGUUUUUUAUGCCUGCCCUCAGAGACUUGAAGACGAAGAAGAUUAUGAUGAUGUAACUGUAAACCAAAUGUUGGCCCCCAAAACACAGGAGACUGACGCAACGCAAAUACUCAAUAACCUACUGAAGGAAUACGACAAGAAACUUCGACCGGAUAUUGGAAUUAAACCAACAGUCAUAGACGUGGACAUUUAUGUAAAUAGCAUUGGACCAGUUUCAUCCAUAAACAUGGAAUACCAAAUUGAUAUAUUUUUUGCUCAGACUUGGACUGAUAACCGCCUUCGAUUCAACAGUACAAUGAAAAUAUUAACCCUGAAUAGCAAUAUGGUUGGACUUAUCUGGAUACCAGACACUAUCUUCAGAAAUUCAAAAACGGCAGAGGCUCACUGGAUUACAACACCCAAUCAGCUCCUCAGAAUAUGGAAUGAUGGGAAAAUCCUGUAUACGUUAAGGCUUACCAUCAAUGCAGAAUGCCAGCUGCAGCUUCAUAACUUCCCAAUGGAUGAGCAUUCUUGUCCACUAAUAUUCUCCAGCUGGGCAAGGUUGCUUACCCAGAUAGGUAGUUGUCACGGAAUAAUUUCAGUUCAUCUUGAGUUGCGGUAUUUUGGUAGUCAGACCCCCGUGACCCUGUGUUCGGAAAUAGCGGGCCUUUCUGAUGGAUAUCCCAGAGAUGAAAUGGUUUACCAGUGGAGAAAAAACUCUGUAGAAGCAGCAGACCAAAAGUCUUGGAGACUUUACCAGUUUGAUUUCAUGGGACUCAGGAACACCACAGAAGUAGUAAAAACAUCUGCAGGUGACUAUAUUGUCAUGACAGUCUACUUUGAUCUAAGUAGAAGAAUGGGUUACUUUACAAUUCAGACCUACAUUCCAUGCAUACUGACUGUUGUCUUAUCAUGGGUGUCAUUUUGGAUCAAAAAAGAUGCCACACCAGCCAGAACAGCACUUGGUAUAACUACAGUACUGACAAUGACCACACUGAGCACAAUAGCAAGGAAGUCAUUACCCAGAGUUUCCUAUGUCACUGCAAUGGAUCUCUUUGUGACUGUGUGCUUCUUGUUUGUCUUUGCGGCUUUAAUGGAAUAUGCAGCACUAAAUUACUAUUCCAGUGUAAAGAAGCCAAGAUAUACAAAGAAAAGGAAAGCGAACUACUCCGUGCUUGAUGUGGGACCACCGCCUACCAUCAUUGCAUUAAACAAUUCCAUGUACUGGCAGGAAUUUGAAGAAAACUGUGUAUAUGAAUGCCUAGAUGGUAAAGACUGUCAGAGUUUUCUUCUGCUGUUACGAAGAAUGUAAAUCUGGUUCAUGGCGGAAAGGAAGAAUUCACAUAGACCUUCUAGAAUUAGACUCUUACUCACGUGUCUUCUUUCCAACUUCAUUUCUAUUGUUC